UUUCUCGCUUCAACCUAGCUAUGUGUAGGAGGAAUGAAUAGGACAAAAAACAAGUCCAAAGAGAAUUGUCAAAAUAUUGUUUCGUGUUUGCGCUUCGCGUUAAUGAUUCCAAACCGCGUUUUGAGCACACAGUUAUUAAAAAAUAAAACGUGAAGUAUUCUCAAUUCUAUUGUAAGUAUUCGUACUAAUUUUCAGCCAGGAUCUUUUAUAAGAGCAUAUAAAAUGUCUGCGUCGGAAGUGUCGUUUAACCGUAAAAUAAUAUCUGAAGAUUUGUCGAACGUAGAGUUCGAUACUAGCGAAGAUGUAGAAGUAAUCCCAACCUUUGAUUCUAUGGGACUUCGCGAUGAGUUACUUCGUGGGAUAUAUACUUACGGUUUCGAGAAGCCGUCGGCGAUUCAACAACGGAGCAUCCUGCCGAUAGUUAAAGGCAGGGAUGUAAUCGCACAAGCACAGUCUGGUACGGGUAAAACCGCCACAUUCUCGAUCUCAAUACUGCAGUCCCUGGACACGACGCUUAGAGAGACUCAGGUGCUGAUAUUGUCGCCCACUCGCGAGUUGGCCACACAGAUUCAGAAGGUCAUACUGGCGCUGGGUGACUUCAUGAAUGUACAAUGUCAUGCUUGUAUCGGUGGCACUAAUCUCGGCGAGGAUAUCAGGAAGCUGGAUUAUGGCCAGCAUGUGGUCUCUGGUACGCCUGGUAGAGUGUUUGACAUGAUAAGACGUCGAGUGUUGCGUACAAGAUCAAUAAAAAUGCUUGUGCUUGAUGAAGCUGAUGAAAUGCUGAACAAAGGUUUUAAAGAACAGAUAUAUGAUGUGUACCGUUACCUGCCACCAGCGACUCAAGUGGUACUCAUCUCUGCAACACUGCCUCACGAGAUCCUCGAGAUGACCUCAAAAUUCAUGACUGAUCCCAUUAGGAUUUUGGUAAAACGUGACGAGUUGACACUGGAAGGCAUCAAACAGUUCUUCGUAGCGGUUGAGCGUGAGGAGUGGAAGUUUGACACGCUAUGUGACCUGUACGACACCCUCACUAUUACACAAGCCGUGAUCUUCUGCAACACCAAGAGAAAGGUGGACUGGCUGACACAGAAGAUGCAGGAAGCCAACUUCACAGUCAGUUCUAUGCAUGGAGACAUGCCACAGAAAGAAAGAGAUAAUAUUAUGAAAGAGUUCCGGUCUGGACAGAGCCGAGUUCUGAUCACUACCGACGUGUGGGCCCGCGGUAUCGAUGUCCAGCAGGUCUCUCUAGUUAUCAACUACGACCUGCCCAACAACCGUGAGCUGUACAUCCACAGGAUCGGCAGGUCGGGCCGGUUCGGACGCAAGGGUGUUGCCAUCAACUUCGUCAAGUCUGAUGACAUCAGGAUCCUGAGAGAUAUCGAGCAGUACUACUCCACACAGAUUGACGAGAUGCCAAUGAAUGUUGCUGAUUUAAUAUAAUUUGUAUAUCUCUAUCACAAAUCUCGCCGCCUAGCCUGUUAUCUCUGAUAGCUCUAUCACCGAACGCCCGGAAAUUAACUAUUUCUUUGUGGUCAAUUGGUGUUGAAAGUGGAAAUUAAACCCAAUGUAAUUUAUUUAACUUUGUCAUGUGAAGUGACAAUAUUUUUUCUUUUAUUUGUCAUUGGGUUUGAGAAGCAGGCAGUUUCUUACAAUAACAAUUUAUGUUUCCCAACACCAUUUAAAACUGGCAAGAGUUGCCAAUACACAAUAAACCCUAAAUACAGGUGGAAGAAAUUAAUACUUAGCACAGCAUUUUACAAUAUUGUAAAUUUUAUUGAGCAGCAAUAUUAUAUUUAGAUGUAAUUUGUCAGUAUGUAAUGUCUUUAAUAAAAAUUAUAAAUCUCA